AUGCCCCCCUUAGAUUCGACAGUCACACAUAUCAUAGAUGAUACCUAUACUAAACCUCCUCCGGGCGUGGACCAGAACUUAACGAUCUUCAUCGGGAUUUUGACUAUUGAUGAGAAAAUAGAG